UAUCAUUGAAACUUUUACGGCACAUCUACUGUAAAUGCCCAUUCCAAGAUUUAAGACAUUGGAUUUAAACAGCAAAAUCUGUUCAGCCAAACAAAUAAAUGAAAUAUACUUAUUUUACCUUUUUUUAUGGUCAAGGCUGCAUCUACUACAUCUUUCCACUGUCAUCUAGGCAUAACCAAUCACACAUUAGAGACGAUAAUCCAAUACCUACCAGUGAGUAUAAACAUGGCAAAUUUAAGAGUGAAUUCCGGUUUUUAUCCCCUAUUUUGAAAUUUUUGACACUAAUUACUCCAUUUAGUGGGAUUUCAUCCGUUUUACCCCAUUUAGUAGAAGUGUUGCCACAAUUUACUCUGUAUAAAAUUUUGUGAGUGUUCUGACCGAUGGGUCCCAAUUGUAAUGUCCAGCUAGCAUGACACAUCGGCGCGGUUUUUAUGAAAAAGGGUUUCCCCCGCUUUAUAUAUAAAGCACCAACACUUACAUCCAAGCCACUGAUACAAACGCACGGCACACAACCCAAGGCAAGAUAAAAGAAUGCCGGGCACCGACACACAACCUCAACGACUACUAAGUAUCAACAAAAUGAGCAAAAAGAACCACUUGUAGCUGACGGAGACCACCAUCAAGAUGAGAGAUCAUCCGGGAAGAAGUGCAACGGACAACGCCGGACCGAGGGCUCCAAAACGAUGCCUCCAAGAAGGGCAUGACCACGGACCGUCGCCAUCGUCCGAUCCAAAGAUCAGGUUUUCACCCGGAACAAGACGGGAGGAGUGAGAGCACCACGACGGAGCCUGCAAGGAGGAACAUGACGUCCGCAGACGCCGCCACCGUCGACCCGUGCACGGACAGGUAAGUGAUGAACCCCGGUGCUCCACCCUUCCGCUGCAUCCCCGAUCUGCCAACCACCUGCAACCAUGCCACCCAAGCGGCCAUGGUUGCUCGCCCGCAUCCGAGUCGCGCAGUCCGCCUACGACCAACGCGACUCCCACCGCCAGGGCCGCCGCCCCGCCACCGGGCCACCCCGAGAAGCCCCAAAGGUCACUCCUUGGACAAGAUCCAUGAGCCCAACCACCUCUGAACCGCCGGCGACCACUGCCUCAAGAGGAACCGUGCCCAGUCGGCCGGGGGAAGGGGGAGGAGGAGGAGCGGCCUAUGGCCACGACCGGCACCUCUGCGCCGGCGACGGGGUACGCAACGGUGCACCCGUCGCCCCUACCAGCUCCCCCCCCCUCCCCCGAGACCCCCUGUCUCGCCCCCGAAGCAGAACGUCCAGAUCCGCAAGAGAGCACCGGCCACCGCCCUGGACGGGGCCGCCCCCCUCCACUGCUGCCAUGCCGCCCCUCCACCAGAGAUCCACGGCGAGAGGGGCCGCCCGCGACCCGCAGCGCCAGACGUGGCGCCGAGGCGCUGCUGCCGCCACCCACCGACCUGCACCACCACCAUGCCGCCCGUCGCCCGACGCCACACCGCCGUCGCUAGCCCACUCCGGAGCGCCGCCGCACCGCUACGCCCGGCAUCGAGCACAGCAUCCCCGCCGGCGAGAUCCGGCCACGCUGCACCUUCCGCGCAAGGAGACGAAAUGGCCCCGCCGCCGCCGGCGACGACCGGGCUUCGCCCGCUCGUGCCCCCUGGCGGUGGCGAGGGAGGAGAGAGAGAAGGAGGGGGGUGGCGGCGGCGGCGCUAGGGUUGCCUCCCGGACGCCCGCGGGAGCGCCGCGGGAGGGGAGAGGAGAGACAGAAUUUUCCCCCCAGUUUUUCCUGAUUGUUUUUCUGCACGCUGAACCGUAUCGUCGUAGCUUCUCCUGACCGGCCAGGCUCGAUAUGAUCGCACCAGAGCAGCUUGGGAAAGAUAUACUAACUCUCUACCGGUCUAACAUAUUUGCUACCACCGGAAACGGAACUUCUGAAGCAUCAUUUAACUAGUUUAUGCUUGGCUUGGCAUUCAUAUAUGUACGUGCAUCAGAGUUAGUGAAGUAGUAUAUUUACACCACUUUUAAUCUGAUCAGCAGAAUCAUGCAUACUUAAGGAACACAUACAUGAUUUCAGAUUAUAUCAGUAACAAUUUCUCCUAUAAUUUAUUCAAUGGGUACGUGCCACGCUGAUCAAGUAUAGUCAUCUCAUCACAAUACUUCUUCGAAUUGGAAAGAAGUGGUCUAAACCUAUCUAAUAUGCAUCCCAGACCGAGAGAAAAUAUAGCCACAAAAAACCUAACCACCGGGGGUGAGAAACAGAGGAUGCGGGCAUGCAUGGGAGGGGAGACAAUUGCCGUACUGGGUGCUGCUCGCAUCAACGACCGCCAACGGCCAUGCCUUGAAGGCUUGACUGUCGCCCGUCGCCUACAUCGUCCUACCCCCUCCUAGCGAAGGAGGCAGUGGUUUUGAGACAGGCUAGGGCAAGAUCGUCCGUGCGAUUGGAAUGCGAGUGAUGCGUGUCGUGAAUAAUGGAGGCCAGUGUGGUGCGGCACGACCUGGGCGACUUGGCCAUCGGGCGCUGGCGAGCUGCUCUGCUGCGAUCAUAUCGAGCCUGGCCGGUCGGGAGAAGCUAGGCGAUGCUGCUCGGUGUGCAGAAAAACCAUCAGAAAAACCCGCCGAUGUGGCAUGCCAGCUGGACCUUACAAAGUUACAAUUGUGACCCAUCAGUCAGAAUGUUCACAAAAUUUUAAACAAAGUAAAUUGUGGCAACACUUAAUGGGCUAAAAUGGAUGAAAU